AUGUCACAUUCGUCCGACAAAACAGCCGAAGCGCAGAUCCGGAGACGAACGAGACAGGCCUGUGAAGCGUGUAAACUGCGCAAACGAAAGUGCAAUGGCCGCGAGCCGUGUGACUCGUGCAUACGAUACGAGUACGAAUGUCACUAUGAGAACCACCCUCGAAAGAAGAAGAGGGCCAGGGCGAAAUCUAGGCGAGCCUCGUCGCCUUCACAGACGCUAUCAGAGUCGCCGGUCUCGGUUCCCUUGUUACAGCGCGUGCUCCCUGAGAGCCAAACGAGAUCAGACUGCGUGGAGGAGAAAUACAGGGAGUGCAACUCGGGCAUGGUAUUUCCCCAUGUUCUGGGUCUCAAACUCAACCCGGAGCAAGCGCCCAAGGUCCACGGCUUUGGCUGGAAUCUCGGUCUGGGUGGUCACCCAAAUCACUCGGAGAGAAGCAUCACCUGGACUCUCCCCAGGGCACAAUGGCAAAGGCUUUUCGAUGUCUACGAGGACAAGAUCCACCCGCUGUAUGGCUUUCUUGACCUGGAGACGGUCUUGGCCAAAGCUGCGAGGAGAUGGGAGGAUCCGUGCGUGACAAACGCGUACGAUCACGUCCUCUGCGGCAUCGCGGCUCUUGGAUCGUUUUUCUCGCGUCCCAACGCGAGCGAGCAGGAGCGACACCUCGUCGAGUGUGCCAAAGAUAUCAUGGAGAUGAGGAAUCUGUCCGCAAGCCCUUCUCUCGACGACGCAGAGGCCUGGCUGCUGCGCACAAUCUACCUUCGCGCGAGCAGUUUCCCCCACGCGGCCUGGAUGGCUAGUUGUACAAUGAUGCAUAUUUUGGAAGCCCUUGGCAUCCAUCAGGAGGCAGCUGCCGUUUCCUUGGUCUACUCUGACGCCGCAGUGCCAAAUAACAAUGUCGAGGGGAGAAGGAGGCUAUUUUGGCUCGCAAGGGCAUUGAACACCUGGAUAUCUGUCGAGUAUGGACGCACCAAGGUCAUAUUUCGAGGCGUGUCCUGUCAGAUACCGUCGGUGAGAGAAGGUGACUUGUCUACAGAUCUGGUUUCAUUAUUCCUCUUGUCAGAGCGCUUGGAACCGGAGCAUGACAACCGCCUCGACGUCCUGGAAGACUGCCUCAGCAACUUGGAAAACUCGCACUUCAGCUCGGACGCUCUGACUCUGUCUCAAUGUAUGGUUGCCUUUGGCAUCUACCGGCAACUGCGAAUGCUCAAUCCGAACCUCGAAGCCAAGAUUUCGGCCAAGUUGAUCGGGCUCGGGAAAAGAGGCCUCGAAGCCUCCUCGCGACUGGCCGACGCGCAUUGUCCCUGGUGGCACGUAUCCAACGUCCCUUUCCAAUUCACCUGUCUCUUGCUGGCAAUGGACACCAAGGAGUCUCUGACGCAUAUCCGGGACUCGAUAGCCACUCUGGGAAAAGUGGCGGACCGCUUUCCGACGCAAAUGACGCGAAGGGCGCUGGAGACUGUCCAACUCCUGGCCACACUUUCCCAGAAACGAAAGGAACACGACAUUGCCCUGUUAAAAGAAGGGAUUGAACUGCAAAGUUUGGGUCCAGCUGUGCGGAACCGGCAUCCUGUUCAGCCAGCAGAACGAGUGAACCUUACUUCCGAUCUCUCGGUCGCGGGCGCCGGCUUGCUUGACUUUUCUGAUCUGAGCGAUGUGGAUUGGAAUCUCCUUGCCAAUAACUCAUUCGAUCUGUCGGAUAUGUUCCCUGUGCCGGAGCAACGAGUCUAA